UCGCCCCUCGCGGAGGACGCACGCCGCCGUGGGCUCCCGGCCGCUGCCGUGGGAACGAUGGCCGACGAUCAGGACUGUGCUGCAGAGCUGGAAAACAUGGAUUCUUCCAGUGAAGACGGAGUUGAUGCCAGGCCAGACCGCUCCUCCAUCAUCACUUCCAUUCUCCGGAAAAAGAAGAAAAAUGCCUCUACGUGCCCCGUCAGUACCACCCGGGACCGAGUGCCCACGUACCUGUACCGCAUGGAUUUCAAGAAGAUGGGCAAAUGUAUCAUCAUAAAUAACAAAAACUUUGACAAAGUGACAGGUAUGGAUGUCCGGAAUGGAACGGACAAAGAUGCAGAGGCCCUCUUCAAGUGCUUCCGAAGCCUGGGUUUUGAAGUGGAUGUCUACAAUGACUGCUCUUGUGCAAAGAUGCAAGAUCUGCUUAGAAAAGCCUCUGAGGAGGACCACAGCAACUCCGCCUGCUUCGCCUGCGUCCUGCUGAGCCACGGAGAGGAGAAUCUGAUUUAUGGGAAAGAUGGCGUGACACCCAUAAAGGAUCUGACAGCUCAUUUCAGGGGAGACCGAUGCAAAACCCUGUUAGAGAAACCCAAACUCUUCUUCAUUCAGGCAUGCCGUGGGACCGAGCUCGAUGACGGCAUCCAGGCUGACUCGGGGCCCAUCAACGACACUGACGCUAACCCCCGGUACAAGAUCCCGGUGGAAGCUGACUUUCUCUUUGCUUACUCCACGGUUCCAGGCUAUUACUCAUGGAGGAACCCAGGGAAAGGCUCCUGGUUUGUUCAGGCCCUCUGCUCCAUCCUGAAUGAGCACGGCAAGGACCUGGAGAUCAUGCAGAUCCUGACCAGGGUGAACGACAGGGUGGCCAGGCACUUCGAGUCCCAGUCUGAUGAUCCACGCUUCAACGAGAAGAAACAGAUUCCAUGUAUGGUGUCCAUGCUCACCAAAGAGCUCUACUUCAGCCGUUGACCGCCCCUUCAACCGAGAGCCUACCGUCGCUCACUGAUGAAUCCGGUUUUUAUUUUAUGUUUUUGUUCUGAUGCUCUCAAAAUAUCCAGGAAUGUUAAGGGGAUUUAAUUUAAGGAAAGUAUAUUGAUCCGGUAGGGAGGAAGUUCUCUGGUGAUGUCUGAUAUUCUGGGUUUCCAGAUUUUUGUUGUUGUUGUUGUUUAAUAACUUUGUUCAUCUGAUGACUUCACACUUUUCCUUUAAAGUUAAUUUCCUGUUCCCGCCCCCCCCACCGCUCUCCUUGUCAUCUCUUGAGUGCAUGAAUGACCUCAGGAGAAGAUAUUGGUGAUGACAUGAGUGGAAAGUCAGAGCCUUAGUUGAACUUAGCAAAGAGAAUCCCAACUCUUGAUGAAAGAAUACAGCUGAGACACUUGUCGGCCUCCAUUGGAGAAGGUGGCUGCUGAGGGGUUUGAAUGAUUGUUUUCAGUGACUUAGGACAGAUUCUUCAGCAGACCGUCCCAGGUAGCUGAAAGGAGACAACAGUUAAUAUUCUAAUAUAUGGGACCCAGUCCAGAAAACAAGCCAUUCUAGGAAUAUUGGUGCAGAAGUGUCGACACAGGGAAUUCACUUACGUGGGUAACUAAGAGAGAGCCAAACAGUAGACAUCUGUUACCCACUGUGAGGCUAUAAGAGGAGUUCGGUUCCCGUGUCAUCAGUGAGAACUGUGGCAGGGCAGCCUUCUAGAAGCUAGGACCAUGGAGGCUAUGGUGAUUGGAGCCAUGCCCAGGACAAGCCACUGUCUGAGAUGGAAACCAAACCAGAACUGAGACAGACACCAAGACGCACACACGUCUCCCCAGGCCUGUGCCCAUAUCCACCAGUGCCUUACCAUUCCAGGGUGCCUGAAAGCCAGCUAGUAAGGCCCUGGGGACCGUGCUACCCUGUGAUGCAGAGCAGGGGAGUGGAUAGCAAGACAGGGGUAAUGGUGGGAAUAAACUCGACCCAAAAUGUGAGUUAAAUAACCAUGUUCUCUGGCGUGCUACACUGUAUUCAUUCAUUAUUCACUGACGUGUCGAUCAUCCACACAGGUGCUGAAGAGUAACCCAUUUCACUUUUUGUACAGGAUAAUGUUUUUGUACUUUAAAUACAUCUGGAAAUUCUUUAAAAUAGUCCAAGAUUUUUUUCUGAGUAAUCUUUGGUGAACUCCGGUUCUACAAAUGGUUCUACAAAUGGCGCCUUAGGCAAAGAUCUUGGCAGUGUCUUUCCAAGGUGUCAUUUUCUUUGGAAUUCGUCAUACAUUCUUAUUUUUCCCGCCUAAUAAGUGGUUGACAGAUGUUCCUAUUUAUUGAUUAAAAUGUGUUUCAGAAACUCC